UCCAGUCCAGUAGGUGGCGCUAAUUCCCUGAUCAAAUUUAAAUCCACGAAGAAGAAACAUAUCGAAAUGAUAUACACGCGCCCAAGUUCUAAAGUCCAGAGUCAGACUUCAGUCUUCUUAUUGAGUGGCUGCUGUCAGCUCCAACAUGACCCAGGUGAGCCAUCAGCAGUGGGGAGAGGUGCCCGGCCUGCCCAGCGUGGACAUGUGGGUCCUCCAGUCCCCCCAGCUGAGGGUGGAGGUUCUCACUCUGGGAGCCAUCAUCAGGUCUGUGCAGUGCAGGGGGAAGGAUGACCAAGUGAAGGACGUGGUUCUGGGCUUUGAUGACCUGGAAGGUUAUCUCUCUGACGCACGGUACCAGGGUGCAGUGGUGGGUCGCGUGGCCAACAGGAUUGCACGGGGUCACUUUGUAGUGGAGGGCAAAGAGUACAAACUGGAUAUCAAUAAUGGUCCUAACGCUCUGCAUGGAGGGCUGCGGGGCUUCAAUAAGGCGGUCUGGCUUGGUGCAGCCAUUGAUGGAGGUGUGCAGCUGAGUCAUACAAGUCCAGAUGGAGAUCAGGGUUAUCCUGGAGAGGUUCAGGUCUCAGUCUCCUACACCUUACAGGGAGAAACUCUAACUAUUGAAUACCAAGCCCGGUCUACCAAAACCACCCCCAUCAACCUCACCAACCACACCUACUUCAACCUGGCUGGACAGGGUACAGCUGAUAUCUACGACCACCAAGUGUCCAUCAAUGCUCAGUCCUACCUGCCUGUGGACGACACCUCGAUCCCCACAGGAGAGAUCCGAGGAGUGGAAGGCACGCCCUUUGACCUCAGAAGGCCUGUUCUGAUUGGCCCUCGUCUGAAGGAGGUUCCAGGUCCAGGGUUUGACCACAACUUCUGUCUGUCCUCACCCAGAGACUCAUGGACGGAGAGGCAUGCUGCUAGAGUGAGUCACCCAGCCAGUGGGCGUGUCCUGGAGGUUUCCACCAACGUACCAGGAGUCCAGUUCUACACGGCCAACUAUCUGGAUGGUUCUCUGAUGGGCAAGGGGGGGUCUCGCUGCGGGAAGCACAGCUCCUUCUGUCUCGAGACACAGAACUGGCCAGAUGCUGUCAACCAGGCUUCAUUUCCUGAUUGUCUUCUGCGUCCUGGUGAAGUCUACCAACACGUCACCCGUUACACCUUCACCACAGUCUGAUCCGGACUCCACUCACAGCAGGACUGCAAAGAGGAGACGUUGCUGCUUUAAGAGGCAAAUGAAGUGCAUUAUUUACUUGUUAUUAUCUCUGUGUGUAAUACAAUCCUGCACCAGUCAGUGCCUUCUCAGUAUGAGUGUGUUUCUUUGUAACCUGAUGAAGAAGUGAGGAGUUGUGUCUGAACAUGUGAGUUGUGGGGGCGGUGAAAAAAUGCCCCUAAUAUGAACGUGUUUUAAAGAGCGGUCCUGUGCAGCGUCCUCCAGUGAAUAAAGUUGAAAUGAAACGUC